AUGUCGAAUCCCUCCUUCGAUUCCCCUCGAAGGUCCGCUGUGUUUGGCCGUCAGCCAGAGGAACUGCAUAUGCCAUCUACGGGCCUGAACAAUCCAAAUUUGUCCCGUCAGCCUCCCUCCCAUGACUUCCCCGCGGCCCAAGACACAGGUGCAGGCGCAAGCGCUGGCGCAACUCAGGUCCCCUCGAUCAAUCUUCAACCUUCCUCCCAAUCCGUCCAGUAUGGAAGUGGCAGUGGAAGCAGCAAUAACACUUUACCAGGCGCCCUCACCCCAGGAGGUCAGAAUCGCCCACCAGCUGUCUCGGCCAACACAGCCCCGUCGGUUAUCCCCACCUUACCGUCAUCGGGACAGCAGCCCAGCCAUCGAUCAAGCAUGAUAAACUCUCAUGGUCAUUCUCGAUCUAGCCCGGCUGGGUUCGAUCAGUCUAUGUACAAACAACCUGGGGUACCGGAUGAGUCUAAGUAUCCCACGUCUCCGGGAACUGGAUACCCGCCCCAGACCCCGCAAGGCUCUAAGUAUUCGCCGCUUGGCCUGGCAGACGUUCGCCUUCCUGGUGACUAUUAUCUAGGAGGCUCACUUAUGAGCCCAGGUGCUGCCGCAUACAACAGCGAUAAUCAAGUGCCGACCAACAGCAACUACAUUGCUCCUUGGCCCAUUUACGCUGUCGACUGGUGCAAAUGGCCAAUUUCUGGGAGCUCAAGCUCAUUUGGUGGAAAAUUGGCCCUCGGAAGUCACUUGGAAGACAAUCACAACUUCAUACAAAUUGUUGAUACGCACUGGGCCCAGCCUGAUCCUGAUACCCCGGACGCGGCAGCAGGGGAGAUCAAGCUAGAAUAUGUCAAAACAGCUGAAGCGACACAUUCAUAUCCCGUCACGCGUAUUCUGUGGGAACCACCAUCGUCCCAAAAGCAGUCUACUGAUUUGCUUGCCACAUCUGGCGAUCAUCUUCGCUUGUGGUCGCUCCCCAAUUCCCAACCAGCGCCGAGCUCAAACACCAUCACGCGGCCUUCCAGCCAACCUACUGCAAAGCUCUCUCCUUUAGCACUGCUCUCUAACUCUAAAUCUCCUGAGCAUACCGCCCCAAUCACUUCUCUGGACUGGAAUACGAUCUCUCCAAGCUUGAUCAUCACAUCCAGCAUUGAUACAACCUGCACAAUCUGGGAUAUCCCAACUUUGACAGCCAAGACCCAGCUGAUUGCUCAUGACAAGGAAGUAUUUGACGUUCGGUUCUGUGCCAACAGUGUCGAUGUCUUUGUGAGCUGUGGUGCUGACGGCAGUGUUCGCAUGUUUGAUCUGCGGAGCCUAGAGCACAGCACUAUCAUUUACGAGCCAUCGGAGAAGACUGAAGUUAAGCCGGUGAUGAGCCCCGGUAACGCAAGUCCACCUGGAUCACAGGCGGGAGCUUGGCCUCCGCCACUGCUGAGAAUUGCUGCAUCCCCACACGAUGCUCAUCUCCUGGCCACUUUCUCCCAGGAUUCCAGCGUUGUCCGUGUUCUUGAUGUGAGACAACCCGGGCAAGCCUUGCUUGAGCUGAAGGGCCAUUCUGCCGCGCUCAACUGCGUCGAAUGGUCACCAAGCCGGCGUGGUCAUCUUGCCUCUGGUGCAGACGACAGCCUUGUCCUCCUUUGGGACCUCAUUAACCAACACAAUGCCGUGCCUCUGUCAUCCACUCCCCAUAGCUCCGGUUCUCAAUCCACCACCGAGCGUGGACCCACUGCCGCCUGGCAAUGCGACUACGAAAUAUCCAAUAUUAGCUGGUCCCCACAGGGUGGAUCCAACCCCUCAGGUCAACCACGGGAAUGGCUCGGUGUUUGUGGCGGACGCGGGAUAUGGGGCGUCGCACUAUAA